AAUCAAUAAGUCUUUAAAUAUUUAUCAUUUAAAAUAAUAAUAAUGAAUACAUUUCCAUGCACUUACAACAGCAAACCCAAUUGCUUGAAAAUUUGAAGCCGAUACUUAUUAAAAAAAUUAACGACUGUUUUAUUUUUUAAGAAAGAAUCGAGCAGGAACCAGUAUAGAAGUAGAAAAAGUGAUGAACUUCUUUAAAUAAUUACGUUCUAUUUUUAAUCUGUGUCGCAAGAAGGGCUUUCGAAACUGUGUGAAAACGUUCUGUCUCUUCUCUCAUACUUAUUUAUUGGAUUAGUUAGUUACUCAGUGCCAUCUACUUUCGUUAUGAUUCCAGCUCGCCUUGUAUUGACAAUUCUUGUCUUCUUUGGCUACAUUGCCAUUUCUGCAAUGCGAGUGAAUCUCAGUGUAGCCUUAGUAGCCAUGGUUGGAAUACCUCGAUCUGGCAAUGGAACUAAUGAAACAACGAUUACGUGUCCGGAACUUAUAAUUACUAAAAACGCAACAAUAGACGAAGAUGAAUUUUUACCAGAUGGUGAAUUCGAAUGGAACUCAGAUCUGCAAGGCCAAGUUGUUGGCUCCUAUUUCUACGGAUACCUUUUAAGCCAAAUACCAGGAGGAAUGAUAUCUGAGAAAUAUGGUGCCAAAUGGGUCUAUGGCUUAGGAGUCUUCGGUUCCGCAAUUGCUUCUCUACUCACACCCAUAGCUGCAAGGUUGAAUGUAUGGGCAUUGAUAUUUGCACGAGUCGCAGUAGGAUUUUCUGGCGGAAUAGCUUAUCCUGCAAUGAAUGUUUUGGUCAGUCGAUGGGCACCCAAAAUGGAAAGAAGUCGUAUCUCAACAGCGAUGUAUGCAGGUGGAUUGUUAGGAACACUCAUCACNUCAGGAAUAGCUUAUCCUGCAAUGAAUGUUUUGGUCAGUCGAUGGGCACCCAAAAUGGAAAGAAGUCGUAUCUCAACAGCGAUGUAUGCAGGUGGAUUGUUAGGAACACUCAUCACAAAUGCCUUUACAGGUAUUCUGAGUGAAAGCACGUUUCUGGGUGGAUGGCCGUCUAUAUUCUAUAUAUGUGGAACAUUAGGAUGCUGUUGGUUUAUCUUCUGGGCAGUGCUAGCCUAUGACACACCAGAUGUCCAUCCCCGAAUCUCUAAAGAAGAAUUAGCAUACAUCCAAGACAAUUUAGACAAAUCCAAAUCAGAUGAUGCCAAAACUCCAUGGAAAUCCAUAUGGACAUCGAUGCCAUUUUGGGCCUUGAUUGUAGCCCAUUUCGGACAUGAUUGGACUUUUUACAAUUCGCUGACUAUGAUGCCAACAUACCUCUCAAAUGUUUUACAUUUCGACUUAAGAGAUAAUGGAAUUUUGUCCGGCCUCCCAUUUUUGAUGAUGUGUCUUUUUGCGUUGCCUGCAAGUGUUCUUGCGGAUUUUCUCAGAGCAGGUGGUUAUCUACAAAUCACCACAAUUAGGAAACUCAUAACCGGAAUUGGAUUUUUCGGACCAGGAUUGUGUGCAGUAGCUAUAACCCUUAUUGGUUGUCGACCAAUUAUUAUAAUCAUAUUAUUAUCUUUAUCUUUCGGCUUGAAUGGAUUUAUAUAUUCAGGAUUCAUGGUUAACCACGUUGAUAUGAGUCCACGAUUUGCUGGAACUCUCUUUGGAAUAACAAAUGGAAUUGCGACAUUACCAGGUUUUGUGGCACCAGCAUUCGACGGAUACGUUCUCCAAAGUGGACAAACUUUGAGAAAUUGGGGAUUUGUGUUCUUAAGUUCAGCAACCCUGUAUUUUAUAACGGGUGUCUUCUACAUAUUGUUCGCUUCAGCUGAUCUUCAACCAUGGAAUGACCCAGAUAACGAACCUACCGACAAAAAAGAAGUGAAAUGCGUAGAAAACAUUUCUCAGAAAACAAAACUGUAGCGAACUUAGUACUCGGAAGGAGUGAUGAAUCAUGCCCAAAACCUUAAAUUAAAAAAAAAAUUAAUCAUCGAGAUUUGAUUUCCUCUUGUUUAUGGCGAGGCGUCUGAAAGGAGAAAAAAACUUGAAACUAACACGUUGGUGAUGUAGACAUUUUGGACAAAAUUAUGGCGAGUUCAUGAAUAAUUUUAUUUUAUUUUUAUAACCGUAGUUGAACAGUCGAUCCCAUUUUUGGGUUUACGACUACUAAUGUUCAACUACGUAGACUUGGCAUUUUGAAUCCAAUACAGAAGACAGAGGAAUUCCUGGAUCAAGUAAUGGAAGAAAUUUGCCCUCGUGGAGAUCUUUUUGAUGAAACUAACCCUCAUUUGCGUUACACGGUAAGGAAGACCACGUGAACCUCCCACUACUAGCCUGACGGCAAAGGGACUCAUUUGUAAACCUCUGACGAUAUUUCACGUGAGUAUUGUGAUCAGUGCAAGCUGGAUGCGGAAUUCGGAUCUUUCAGCCGUCCCCAGGAUUCGAACCUGGUUCACCUCAUUAAAAGGCGAACGCUCUAUCCCCUGAGCCAUCGCGGUUCGAUGUUUAAUUUUGAGGAAUUCGAACCAUUAUUUUAAAUAUGAUAAGAUUUUUAUUUUGUUUUUAAAAAAAAAUUAUUUCUAAAAUUUUUUGUUUUUAAGCACUUUAGAAAGAGAUAAGCCUUGUAUUACUUAUGCAGGCUUUCAAGUAUUUUACUAGUUUCAUGUAAUUAAUAUGCAUAUUAUCCAAAUAUGUUUCAAUUAUAUUUUACAAAUGCUUAAUUCUAUGCUACUCAAUAACGUGUUGUCUGCAUAUAACUAUAUCUGUUAUGGUCAAUGUGAAUAAUCGGUUAUUAUUAAUAAUAACCGGUCAAUAUUACUAAUAACGAAAUAAGCCGGUUAAAGGGAAUAACUUGAGCGCAUUUAUUACCGGUUAUUUAUAUUGAUUUAUAACCGUCGUUGAACAGCCGACCCAAUUUUUGGGUUUACGACUAUUAAUGUUCAACGCCGUAGCCUUGUAAUUUUGAACUA